AUGUACGAAGACUCCUGGUACAGCUUCGUGCCCGAAGUCACCAAGAAGUCCACGAGUAGUGGCCAAGGCACAGGUCACAGACGCAAGGAGUCCUUGUUGCAGCAACCAAACGUAAGCUCCAACGAGGCACCGCCAACACUCAGUAAGCUUGUCGAAGAGGAGGCGAGGCGCUCACCACCAGAGGCCACCGUUGCUCGAAGGGCCAAGUCGUAUUCCGAUUUCUAUCAUGUUGUCCGGAGCCAGCUCGCGAAAGAUUCGCAGAAGAAGAAGCAGAAGAAGCGGGAGGAAGAUCAACGGAAGAGGAGGAAGGACAGGAAGACACUGGAGGCUCUCAACCUAGCAGCCAAUGUCGACGAUGUUGUCUUUCCACCCAAACCCAUUCUGACCCAAUACGACGAUCGGUUGUUGGAGGCAAGCCAGCAAGACUACCUUCUAUACAAAGACCAAUUGGCCCUCACAGAACGUCACUUGGAUUCCUUAAUCGACGACACCAAUUCGGCCCUCGAGCUGCUCACCACCCUCUCCAAAUCCUUUCAAGCCGUCGAGGCUCAGACUUCCUCCUUCAAGUCACAAUGCGAAGACCUCCUUUCCGAGAAGCGGCGUCUGCAGAAGCUGGCGGGCGAUGUCGGCACGGACCUCCAUUUCUAUGCGUACCUCGACAACGUCACGAGGCGGCUCAAUGCGCCCGGCGCGAGCCGCUUGGUAGACGAUGACGACUUUGUCGAGGUGCUCAGCAACCUGGACUCCUGCAUCGCGUUUAUGGGUAGAAAUACCGCGUAUCGUGAUGCGGAAUCGUACCUCGCGCGAUACGAAGCAUUGCUCACCAAAGCCCUGCACCUACUCGAAGUCGGCUUUACGAACCGACUAGAUCGCAUUUCCGCCGAAAUCGCUCCUUCCAUUGCCUCGAGCAAGUCGGAAGCCACGCGGCAUGCCCUUGCGUACAGUCGCUUCGGGGAGCUGGUCCUGACUUCCGACUCGUUGAUUCCCAACAUGCAGAAAGUGGUCCGCAGCGUGUACGAUGAGCUCGGCCGGCCCGUGUCCGGGACGGCUGGCGAAAUAUACGGCAACACGGCGAGGCACCUCUUCCAAUCGUACUUCUCGGUCCGCGACCGCGACCUGAAGGCGAUGACGCAGCGUGACGUCGAUGAGUUUAAAAGGGAAUUGAAAGAGCUGUCCAUGGAAACGGCGUCGAGGAACCUGGUCAAGCAGACGUUUGAGAAGGCCUUCAACGAGACGAACCUCUUCGCAAGGGUUUUUGGUAUAGAGCUUCAGUGGAGUUCCGAUCCCGAAUCGGUCUAUGCUUUGCUGAAGUCGUAUCAAAGAUCUCUUGCCAACCCGACCAACUUGGUUCCACUCGCGAAUACCUUACAGGCGACUAUGCAAGCGAGCAGUCUGCCGGCGAUUUGUAACGUAGUGGCAUGGCUCAUGAACGAGUACCUGGCUCUCGACUACGAGGACGAGGAAUCUCCUUUCGCCAAGCAGUGCCGGGAGCUUAGUGCCAGGUUGCUGACUGAACACCUCUGGGUGUUUACGGACAAUGCGUUCGAAGCCGAGGUGUCCAAGACCAUUUCUAAGGCCAUGGUCAAGGAUGAGGAGCUGAAAAUCGGCCCCGUCGUCGAUGGCGUCUCGUCAUCGAAUGCCUAUCCUGCUGUGAAGAAAGCCCUGGAACUGCUCGUCAUGUAUGACCAAACGAUGCCUAAGGAGCGAAGUCAGACGAAUAGCCAGGUCAUCUUCAAGAUUGUCCGGGAGACAAUCAACGUCCUGCAGCGGGCCGAAUCACGCCUCAAGUCACUCAAGUCGAGCACCGACCCGGACAUUUUCAUGGUCAAGAACCUCCUCAUCAUCAAGAACGAGCUCCUGUCGCUUGAGAUUGGCGACAUACGGGGCGAAGACGGCGGGUACGCCGGCAUGCAGCAUUUCAACCGCAUCUGGGAGACGCUCAGCCCGCAAAACUGGGCCAGUUUUUUCGGCAACAUCAUUGGCGGCGUGGGGUCGAGCUUCUGGUCGUCGUCGUCGUCGCCGUCCACCUCCUCGGCCGCGGCGGGAGGGGGCAAUAAGGUAACGGCCAAGACGCUGACGGUGGAGGAUAUGAACCACCAGCUGGAUGAGCUGCUGCGGCAGUCCAUUGUGGGGUUCACGCAGCGAUGGGGCAGGCUGAUGAACGACGCGAAGGCGAGGAAGGCGGGCGUGAAACCCAUCGGCAAGGUGGAGCGCCAACUCGAAGAGCUGUUGCAGAAGGCGUUUAGUAAUCAGCCCGAAGUCAUUGCGAAACUGAACGAGGCGAUUCAGAUGAGCGCCGAGGCCCAGGCCAAGGCGGCUGGUGAGAAGAAGGGCGUGAGGCAGUAUUAG